GAAGAUUGGUCCUUGUACGCUGCAAACAUACAGUUCAGCGAUCCUAUCCAGAGCCUGGGCGGGCUGGAGGAGUACAAGAAGUCCUUGAUGCUGCUCAAGGACUCGCCGUUCUCUUCCAACGUCUUGUUUCAGACUCACGAUGUCUCUGUCAGCGGCAAGGGGAGGGUGAGGUCGAGGUGGACCCUCUCGAGCGACGUGAAGAUCCUACCAUGGCGACCUCGAGUCGUUUUCACUGGCAUCUCAGAGUACGAGCUGAAUGAGGAGGGGAAAGUUUGCAAGCAUGUAGACUACGUGAGUUUGAACAGA